AUGAACAACCAACGUCCAAGAAGGACCAUAGAGAGCCCCAAUCUCUCUUCCAUUCUCCCGCACGAUUUGAUCGUUCAAAUUCUGUUGAGGUUACCGGUGAGAUCUCUGCUUCGUUUCAAAUCGGUGUGUAAGCCUUGGCUCUCUCUCAUUUCCGAUCCCCAAUUCGGUAAAUCUCACUAUGACCUAGCUGCUGCACCCACCCACCGGUGUCUUGCAAAAUGUAAUGAUUCUGAAGUUGAAUCCCUAGAUAUAGAUGCAUCACUUCAAAAUUAUGAGUCUUCUGUAGUAAACCUCAAAUAUCCCCUUUCAUCACCCCAUCACGAGAACAAACCUGUUGAUUUCUUGGGUUCUUGUAGAGGGUUUAUACUUGUUGCCAAUCGAGGGGGUAAUAUUAUUGUGUGGAAUCCAUCAACCAGUGUCCAGAGAAGAAUUGUAGACAACCUUGGAUGGAAGAAGUUUCAGUUUUUAAAUGGUUUUGGAUAUGACCCAUCAACGGAUGACUACUUGCUUGUUCGUAUAGAAGUGAUUUUUUGGGAUGAUUAUAUUUAUAGUCAACAAGAUCCAAACAUUAUAGCUAAUCAUCCUACUCGUAUUCGCCUUUUUUCCAUGAAAACAAAUUCCGGGUUAUACCUAGAGGGUACUUAUGCUCAAUAUGUGAAUUUGUGUUAUUGUGAAUUCAGAGUUGGGUCCUUCUUGAACGAAGCUCUGCAUUGGUUGGUUACCUCUGUUGAAACCAGUAAUCAUGCAAUCAUUGCCUUUGAUUUGGUAGAAGGAAGUUUGUCAGAGAUUCCUUUGUCUCAAAUUUUAGCCAGGGAAUUAGAAGGUAGAGAGUAUCAUUUGCGGUUCAUGGGAGAAUGUUUCAGCCUAUGUUGCCCGGGUGAUCAGUCUGGCGUGGCUUCAAUGGCUGAGAUUUGGAUGAUGAAAAACUAUAAAGUGCGGUCUUCUUGGACUAAGUUAUUUGCUUUUUCUACUUGUAACAUUCCCCGCAACAUGUUUUGUCCAAUAUGUUUCACCAAACAUGGUGAAAUUUUUGGAUCAAACGGCUCUACAAGCUUAAUGAUAGUUAAUGACGAAGGAAAGUUGCUUGAUGAAUGCACAUUUGAUACGUAUACCGAGGAUUUACUUCAUUGUGGUAUGUAUAGAGAGAGUUUACUAUCACUCCCUAAAGAAUUAGAGGAAACAAGUGAAGAUGGACCAGCUGACGAGUUCCUUAGAGGAGACAAGUGA